CCGGCUCUAGCUGAUCUUCGGGGGUCUACAGCUGGAGUGUUUUUGGAGCUUUGUUCUCCCACACCGCUGGAGGAACAGGAUCAGCUGAACUACAGAAGAGAUGAAAAUAUUCCAAUUCUUCUGAAACUGAUCAUUUCAAACAAUCAGGAGAUUUCACAAAGAUCAAUGUUAAACUGCUGAAAGAGGUGAAGCACAAGGCAUCCAGAAGAAUCUCCAGUACCAGCAAAAGUUGUUUCCUACAUCUCACAGAAAAAUGAACCCAAGUCCAGUCGAGGAGACAUUUCUCCACUCUGUGAGUAGUUUUACUACAGAGAGUGAUCUCAAUCUACAACAGUCCAUUCACACAGGAGAGAAACCGUAUCACUGCUCAGACUGUGGCAAGAGUUUUAGUGUUCUGGGUAAUCUCAAAAGACACCAGCGCAUUCACACAGGAGAGAAACUGUAUUACUGCUCAGACUGUGGGAGCAGUUUUACCACACAGAGUCGUAUCAAAAAACACCAACGCAUUCACACAGGAGAGAGACCGUAUCACUGCUCAGACUGUAGGAGCAGUUUUACUACCCAGAGUCAUCUCAAAAGACACCAGCUCAUUCACACCGGGGAGAAACCGUAUCACUGCUCAGAGUGUGGGAAAAGUUUUUAUAGACUCGGUUCUUUCAAAAUACACCAGCGCUUUCACACAGGAGAGAAACCGCAUCACUGCUCAGAGUGUGGAAAGAGGUUUAAUCAACUGCGUAAUCUAAGACAGCACCAGCGCAUUCACACUGGGGAGAAACCGUAUUACUGCUCAGACUGUGGGAAGAGUUUUAUUGAACAGGGUUCUCUCAAAAUACACCAACGCAUUCACACAGGAGAAAAACCGUAUCACUGCUCAGACUGUGGGAAGAGUUUUAUUCAACAGAGUUCUCUCAAAAUACACCAGCGCUUUCACUCCGGAGAGAAACCGUAUCAAUGCUCAGAUUGUGGGAAGAGUUUUACUCAACAGAGUGAUUUCAAAAGACACCAGCGCAUUCACACAGGAGAGAAACCGUAUCACUGCUCGGACUGUGGGAGCAGUUUUACCACACAGAGUCAUCUCAAAAGACACCAGCGCAUUCACACAGGAGAAAAACCGUAUCACUGCUCAGAGUGUGGGAACAAUUUUACUUUACAGAGUCAUCUCAUAAUACACCAGCGCAUUCACACAGGAGAGAAACCGUAUCACUGCUCAGACUGUGAGAAGAGUUUUAGUAGACAGAGUUCUCUCAAAAGACACCAGCUCAUUCACACAGGAGAGAAAUUAUAUCACUCCUCAGACUGUGGGAGCAGUUUUACUACAUGAAGUUCCACCAGUGCAUUCACACAGGAGAGAAACCGUAUCACUGCUCAGACUGUGGAAAGAGCUUCUUAUUGUAUAACUAAAGGACACCUUUUUAUUUCCUGGAAGAUAUUGUGCCAAUACUUUUAAUUUUCGCACUAUGUCUGUCUCACUCUCUCUUUCUGGAAUAUAAAUGUGUUUACCUUUUUCCUUUAGUUUUUUUCAUUUAUUAUAAUUUAUGUUAGUCAGAUUGGCAUCACAUUUUCCACUGAGUUGUACGUUUAAGAUCACUGCAGUUACUUUUUAACUCUAAUUUCUAAAAUCUGCAAUUAAAUUAUGACUAGUUUCAUUGAUAUUUCCAGUGGCGGUUCUAGACCAUUUCACCAGGGGGGCCAGUGUGGGGCCAGUGGUUAUUUUAGAGGGGCAAAAUAGUUUUCAGUUACACAAUUUGCAGCUUAGUUAUAUAAUCCUUAUGUUUUAUACAAACUCAUAUACAUAUCACCCUUCAGUAUCUUUGCUACCAUUUAAAUGUUAUUUAUCCCUUUUUCAGUUUCAUAUUACAUUUCUUUUAAAUCAGCUGUCUUUAAUGUUUUUAUGCUGCUUUCUUACCAACAGGUUUCCUACAAAACAGAUAAACAAAUAUCAUCCUUCAAAGCUUUUAUUAUGCUUUACAAUUAUACCCAAUACCCAAAUUACUCUCUCAUCUGUCAUAGUGGACCUAAGAUAGGUUUUUACUAGCUUAA